AUGGGUGACUACGGCCAAGAUACUGACUCGGAAAUCCCUCCCAUAAGCACAUUCAUCACCCGCUUAAGGGAUACAGCGCCACAACUUUCACAAUCGCGCCAUACGAACUCAACAUUUUACAGGAAUCUCGAAGAAGUCCUUGAUUCACGCCGCACGACCGGGCUCUACUGGUCUGUCGUGGAGAAUCAGUGGCAGGUCGGCGACGCUGUCGAUUUCUGCUCCGGUGACAUAUUGGGUCUUAGCAGAAGCGAUGCACGGCGGGCCGAGUUUCACGCUGAGGUGGCGCGCCAUCCUGACUUCUCUAUUGGUUCUAAUGGUGUGCGCCUAAUGGAUGGCAAUUCCAAGUACCUAGAGCAGGCAGAGAAAGACAUCGCGGCCUUUCACGGUGCUGAAGAUGGUCUCUUGGUCGGGUCGGCAUUUGAAGCCAAUGUUGCUGUUUGGACCGCACUACCUCGCCCAGGUGAUGUCAUUGUAUAUGAUGCCUUGGUUCACGCAAGCACGCACGAGGGCGUCAACAAGAGCCUGGCCAUGGACAAGUUUGAGUUCCCUCACAACGAUGUCGAAGGUUUCCGUCGUGUUCUGCUCGAGGUAUUCAAGUCUCAAAGACUGGUCCAGCAGGGCAAACGCUCCAUUCUCGUUGCUGUCGAAUCUAUAUACAGUAUGGAUGGCGAUGUUUGCCCCUUACAGGAGCUUGUCGAUGUUGCGCAUGAGGUAUCUGCGGGGCAUGGCAAUAUCCAAUUCGUGGUAGAUGAGGCACACAGCAUUGGAGUCAUCGGACCUAAAGGCUCAGGCUUGGUCUGCGAAUUGGGCUUGCAAAAGGAAAUAGCUAUUGUGGUGCAUUCGUACGGCAAAGCGAUAGGCGCGACUGGGGCGAUCAUACUCGGAAACAAGAUCACUAGAGAAGCUGAGAAAAGGGGACUUCUCCGCGUGCCGCUUGUGGAUGGUUGGGAGGAACGCUCCUUUCUUGCACACAUCUUGCCAGUAAUGACUCGCCCGGAGUACACCUGGUGGCUCUUUUUCCAACUUCUGGCUCGAGGCUUCUGUGUCUUUCCUGUGGAGCACCCAGUUGUACCCGCCGGCAAGGGUAGACUUCGGGUCAUUAUCCACGCGAGCAACACCGAGCACCAGGUCCAAGGUUUCGUUGAUGCCGUCUUUUCCUGGGUUGAAGAGAUGAUCAAGAUUGAAGACGGUGAGACAACAGCAACCGUAUCACUUGCUGCGGACCGGGUCUACACAUGGAUGAGGUCAGAAAGCCUGACGGGAUACGGGAUGCCCUAG